UCGCUGCAACAAGAAAGAUGAAAAGAAAACGGUGAAGAGAAGAGGGGAAGAUCUGGUGCGCCGAAGCAGGUAAGCAGGACUGGGAAGAAGGAGGGAAGCUAAUAGCCUCUUCCAAGGUGGGAUAGGGUUGAUUUAGGGCAAACUUGUAGUGAAUUUCGGGUGGUAUGUAAAAGAGGGGAUUUCAGAGAGUGAUUGAGGGAAUAAGGAGAUUUGGGAGAGGAUUAGAGAAGAAUAUCCUGGGAUUGAAGGAGGAUUCGGAGGGGAAAUCGAGGAAAUCGGAAAAAGAGAAGGCAAUAGUGGAAGGCUUAACAACAAGAUCUAUAGGAGAAAGGCAAAGAUUUCAGCCAACAAGCCAUUCCGCGGGUCUGUUCCGAUUCCACCACUGAAGCGUAGGUUAUUCCUUUAAUUACUUGGUUUGGAAGCAUCAGGAAGUUGAAAGAUGGAUUCAUCACAGACGGCUGGUGUUGGUAUUGGUGGGAGUAGUGGCAACGGGAUGAUGAAUAACCAGGCGAAUGAUCGGGGGACGGUGACAGCAGCUACAGAUGAUCCAAAACAGAAUCUAAAUCAGGUUAUCAACUCCAUACAGAAGACUCUAGGUCUCCUUCAUCAAUUAUACCUCACUGUCUCUUCCUUCAAUGCUGCCUCCCAGUUGCCUCUCCUCCAACGACUGAAUUCUCUUGUUAUGGAGCUAGAAAACAUGAUGAAAUUGUCUGAGAAAUGUAACAUUCAAGUUCCUAUGGAAGUCCUCAAGUUGAUUGAUGAUGGGAAAAAUCCAGAUGAGUUCACCAGGGAUGUAAUAAACAGCUGUAUUGGCAAAAAUCAAGUUACCAAGGGCAAGACUGAUGCAUUCAAGAGUUUGCGAAGGCAUCUGCUGGAGGAACUUGAGCAGAGUUUUCCUGACGAAGUUGAAUCAUAUAGGGAGAUUCGUGCAAGCUCUGCUGCUGAAUCAAAACGGCUUGCUCAAUCACAAAGUACAUUACCAAAUGGAGAUGUCAAGGUUAAGACUGAGCUGUAGAAGCCCACGGUUGCUUGUUACUGAUUGGUCAGGUUUCUUCAACUACUUUCUGAUCAGGGUUGGUUGUGCAAGACUUAACUGGUAAACUGAUCUUACACGGAAGCAUUUAGUGCUUGAAGUUAAGAAUUUGAUAUCAUGUGCUGUAUCCUUAAUCACAUUUGAGUUGAAGUUUGUGUCAUCCGUGUGUUUACUGAAGACUGUUCUUUACUUGUAAAGGGGUGGCAUGUCUAGCACCUUUGUGUUUAGAAAUAGUUUCCUAUAGCCUGUCCCUUCUAAAGCAUGGAAACAUAUUAAUAGUUUACUGUAGGCUUCAUUUAAGUCGGAUGGCAGGGAAAAUCUUGAUGAUUGUUGAUUGUUUCACAAACUAUGCAUUCCCAUUUUGUAGCUUUUUA